UUUAAUGCAUUCUUAGGUUCUCUGGUGACUUGUGUAUAUUGACUGAUAAAUAAGUAUGUGAUGCAUUAUAUUCUGUUACACUACAGUUAAAUUCUGGCGCAUGGUGACCCGUUUUGAGCAUGGCAUCCCUAUUUAAGAGGUUUUGGGCAGAAAAGUCUGAAGUUUUAUCAGAGGAUCUCCAGACAGUAGAAAAACGAGUAGAGUUAGUCAAAUCAGUAUGUCAGUCUACAGCCAAAAAGAUUGCCGGUUGUCUUCAGGGUCAAGGCACAGAUUUCGAAAAGAGACUGAAAAAGCUUCCAGAGAAUGCCCUAGGUCUAGGGAUGAUCGAGAGCAGUGGACUCCUUGGAACAGAUUCUGUAAUGGGCUCAAUGUUCCAGACAUGUGGGGAAUGCCAGACCACACUGGCAAAGGAACUACUGCAAUAUGAAAUCGAUGUAGAACAAAAGGUCCUAGCCCCUAUACAAGAAAUACUAGAAGAUGAAAUUCCUGUGAUAAAUAAGUGUAAAAAGCAGUUGUCCAAGCUUACCUUGGACAUGGACUCGUGUAAAGGCAGAUGGAACCAGGCUGUAAAACAAAGUCAGGUCCAUGGUACCAACAUGGUGACUGCAUCAGCGAAAGCAGACCAACUCAAAGAGGAGUAUGAGGAGUCAUGUAAUAAAAUGUACCAAGCUCGGGAUAACCUAGCCACAGAAAUGUUUAACUUUGUAGCUAAAGAAGCUGAGCAUAGUAGUAAAUUAAUUUCCUUAUUGGAAGCUCAAAGAUUAUAUCACAAGAGAGCCCUGGAGGCUUUAGAUCAAGCAAUACCAAAACUAAACGAAGCACUAGAAUGUAAUCCACUUAAGAAAGUGUAUGGGGUUCCUUUGGAGGAGCACCUGAGGGUAACUGGGAGGGAUAUUGCUCUGGUGCUGGAAGUGUGUGUAAUAACCCUCAUAGAAGGGGGCCUAGAGGAAGAGGGUUUAUUUCGAAUAGCAGGAAUGGCUUCAAAAGUAAAGAAACUGAAGAAUGCUUUUGAUGCUAACGUGAUAGAUAUGGAGGAGUAUGCCAUAGAUUUACAUACUGUAGCAGGUGCUCUGAAGCAAUAUUUCAGGGAACUCCCAGAACCACUGCUUACAACACAACUCUACCCUGACUUCAUUCAAGCUGCUAAACUGCCACAGGAACAGAAAUUGCAACAUUUGUGGGCUGCAAUACGUAAAUUACCUGAACAAAAUUAUAAUAAUUUUAGGUAUUUAAUUAAAUUUUUGGCUAAGUUAGCUGAGAAGUCUGAUGAAAAUAAAAUGACUCCAAGUAACAUAGCCAUUGUCAUUGGACCAAAUUUGCUGUGGUCAGAGGGAGAUAAUGGUCCAAACAUGGUGACAAGUGGAACCAUUAGUAACAUGAUAGAACUCUUCAUCACACAUUGUAAUUGGUUCUUUCCAGAAGCUGUUGACUUUAACCACACUACUCGUGGGACUGCUCCCCCCAAAUCUCCGGGGGUCAAGGAGUCGCACACACCUGUCACUGCAACUGUCCUUCCCAUAGUCCAGGGGCCACAGCAUGGGUCAGUAAGUCAGGCAUGUGAAAUGGCAUGCAUGACUGCAGUGGGAGCCAUAUCCUCCCAUGUUACUUCUGCCUCUGUGUCUGACGUAUUUAAUGAGGACCAGAAAAUGCCAUCCCAGAGAUCUACCAGUGCAUCAGAUGAGGACAACGCAUCCAGCUCUGAAGGUGAACUAACACGGCCACCUAGUGGUCAAUUUGGGCGUGCCUCUUUCAGCAACUGUGGUGGUUUUCCUUCUAGUAGUACUAACCUCAUUCAUACUCCUAAGUUUAAUGCUGAGGAAGUGAGGGGAAACAGAGGGAACUCAGAGAGGUGCCGAUCUGUGCCACCCCAGAGUGAAGCUGCAAAAGAUCUCCACAGUGAUGUGUAUAACACUAUGUUUGCUUUGCACUCACUGGGAGGCAACAAAAAUGUAUCUGACUAUCGAACCAAAGUUCGAGAUUUGUGGGAUGGCCACAUGCACAGACCAGCUUCUGCUGUUGUUAGAAACAAUAGUAACACAGAGAGUGGAAGCAGGAUAGCAGGAAAGCCCCGGCGCUGUGUCAGUCAAGAGGUUGACUUUGGAACCAUGGCCUCUCUGAAAAUGAACAGUUCUGAUUUGACGGACUUGGACCAGUCAUUGACCAAUCAGGAGACUGCUGAGUCUACAAAUGAUGUUCCCACUACCCCACCAAACCAGACCCAGGUGGAACACAGAAUCAUCAAUGACUCGGAAUAUGCUGAGGUUUCAAAAGUUCAGAAGAGACUGCCAAGGAAGCCAGCACCCCCGCCCCCAGAGAGACCUAGUUUACCAGAUAGACCUUACAGCAUUGCGGUGACAGCACAAGCUCGGCCACCUGUUCCCCAGGCACAGACCUGGCCCCGGCAGGUGGAGGCUUCACCAGGAGAGACUGUGCCAAAUAUGGAGCAGAGUAAACCCAAAACUCAUCCAGACAAACCCGCUCCUCCAGAGAAACCCAUGGGAAGUCACCCUCCACAACGAUCAGCAACGAUGCAUGAGAGACAUUCUCAUUCAGACAGGCCCUCUGUCCCCCCUCCAGACAGACCAAAGGUUCCUCCACCAGCGGUACCAAAUCAUCAGCGAUCAGCUUCCACUGGCACUCCCAGUCAGUUUGGACCCACGAUUUCUUCGUUCCCUGACAAUGAUCAAGGUAGACUAUCCACUAAUUCUUAUGAAUCCCUAGAUAAACAAGGAUCUGGUAAUCUACUAACUCCUGAUGGGCGACUUCAAUCCUCGUCCAAUGAGCAUUUGUCUUCUAACCGCUUACAUCAAGGUAGUGCAAGGCCUCAGCGCCCCCAGCCCCCUGUUAUGCCACCCAAGGAACCUCACACACCUCCUGUAGCCACUCAAGAUGAGGAAACUCAUUUGUAAUGUAAACAUUGUGAUAUUUUUAGCACUGAAUCAGUGUCCCCUUCCUAGGCUGGUGACAUAUUUAUUUUAUCACUCAAGAAAAUCAAAUCCUUGUUGCUUGCCAGAGCACCACGUGUACAAUGCUAUGCACACUCCCCAGUAUUAGCAUUGUUGUGAAUCAUUAUUAUUACUGAUAUGUAUUAUAUACCCUCUGUAUUGUGAAAAUGUGCAGCUUUUAGGGGUACAUUUUCUGUGCCAGCAUUUAUAUUUUUAUUCAGAAUUAUAGCAAUAUUUUAGUCUUUGAUAGAUAUUUUGCUAUUAAGUGAAAGCUUUUUGGUGUUUAGAUGUUGUAACAUAAUCAUAAAAAAGCAUCUUUUUUUUAAAAAGCAAAUUAUCAAAACAGAUGAAAUAGCCAAAAAAGUCUUUAAAGCCACUUGGUAAACGGGCAAAAAACAUUUCAAUUAUUAAUCAUGUAAUAUGCUAGUAGGUUAGUGAAAUGUCAGAUACCUCCACCACUUCGUAGAUGAUCUGGUUAUUGCACUACCUUUGCAUUAGGGCAAGGGACAGGGGUAAAGCGCAUUGUAUUCACCAACAUUGUAUGUCAAAAUAGCAGCAUGUAUUAUGCAUGAUACAACAUUAACAUGCUUGCUUGUUAUAAACUUAUGGAAAUUUA